CUUGAGACUUAUUAGUAGCAGUAAUUUUCAACGAUUAAUGCACCUGGAAGGUGGCGUAGGAUAGCAGGCACCAGCCCAGACCCAAGGAAGAAGGCGGGCGGUGCGUGGCGGCGGACGACACGACACGACAACUCCGGUCAACGUUCAGAGCCCACCUUUCGCUGCCCUUUCCCCUCUCUCUAACUAACCCCUCUUUCGCUUCCCCUAUUUGUUGUUUUCUAAUCGUUCAAUUCGAUCGAAUUCCAGUCUUGCCCAUCACCAACCAAACCCCAUCCCAUCAGCGUUCGAUCGGCACGUGCUUCUCCUCUUUCUAACUUCGCCGGCCAUGUUCGAGUCCUUGCAGGACCCGGAGAAGAAGCCGAUUGAGGUGCGGGCCACCGAAGCCCUCGGCCAAGGCUUUGACCUCGCCAGCGAUUUCCGGCUCAAGUUCGUCAAGAGAUGCCCCCAUGGCUGCAGGCUGGUGCACUUCGACGAGCAGCGCAAGCGGGACGUCGUGCUCCCCGGAGGCGCCACUGUACCAGGUGUGCCGGAAUCGAUUCGCGUCGAUAAGGGGGAUCACAUUAGGUUCAAGUCCGAUGUACUCCAAUUCAAUCAGAUGUCAGAGCUACUGAAUCAGAAAUCAUCAAUUCAGGGAAAAGUUCCUUCAGGCUAUCUUAAUGCCAUUUUUGAUCUUAGUGGAGCCUGGUUAAACGAUGCUGCUGACGCGAAGUACUUAGCAUUUGAUGGCUAUUUCAUCUCUUUGUACUAUUUACACCUAACUGCAUCACCAUUAGUACUGCAUGACCAUGUUAAAAGUUCAGUUCCACGCCAUUGGGAUCCGGCUGCACUGUCCAGAUUUAUCCAGACCUAUGGAACACAUAUAAUUGUGGGAAUGGCAGUUGGAGGACAAGAUUUGCUGUGUGUUAAACAGAGGCCAUCUUCUCCAAUUCCUCCAGCCGAACUGAAGGGAUAUUUGGAGGAACUUGGAGAUUGCCUAUUUUCUGAUGCUAAUAGUCCUAUAUUGGAGAGAAUGGCAAAAGAUAACAAAAAGAAGGUUCCAGAGGUAUUUAAUCGUAUGCUACAGGCACAUACAAUGCAGUUUACCAGCAUCACCGAAACAUCAAGCAAGGAUGGACUUACACUUAUUUGGUCAAAAAGAGGAGGUGAUGUGUUUGCACAAAGUCACUCCAGAUGGCUCCAGACGAUGGCGGCCAAUCCAGAAGCUGUUCUCUUCAAAUUUGUGCCAAUAACAUCUCUACUGAAUGGAAUUCCGGGAAGUGGCUAUCUUAGUCAUGCCAUUAAUUUGUACCUAAGAUACAAACCCACUUUGGAGGACUUGCCGUAUUUUUUGGAAUUUCAAGUUCCAAGCCAUUGGGCUCCUUUAUUCUGUGAGCUGCCCCUAAGGCAUCAAAGGAAGAAGACAUCUUUCCCUUCUUUGCAGUUUAGCUUCCUAGGUCCGAAGAUGUAUGUUAGUUCAUCUCAGGUCACAAGCGAUCAAAAACCCGUGAUUGGUCUCCGUUUGUAUUUGGAAGGGAAGAAGAGCAACCGGUUGGCAAUUCACGUGCAGCAUCUAUCAAGUCUGCCGAGCAUUAUGUCCUUCACCUCCGGAAAUCAAACCACACACAAACCACAGUGGCGAGGCUCCGAUGACUACGAAUCCUCCAACCAGUUCUUGGAAGCAGUGAGAUGGAAGGGAUAUGCAAAAGUAUGCGCAUCUCUAGUCAAGCACGACCCGAGCUGGCUGCUGCAAGGAGAAAACUCCAACGGCGUUUUCGUUGUGACCGGCGCACAGCUCAUUGUGAAGGGCAAAUGGCCGAGAAAAGUCCUUCACCUCCGGCUGCUCUUCGCCCACAUUCCGAACUGCACCAUUCGAAAGACCGAAUGGGCUGCCGCACCCGACUCCUCCCGCAAGUCGAGCUUCCUCACGAAUCUGAGCACAACAUUCUCGUUCACGCAACGAGCCGUGGCCGACGCAUCAAAGCAACAGCAGCAGCUCCCGGCGACGUUGAACUCGGGUGUUUACCCGGACGGGCCGCCUGUCCCUGUUCGGUCGACAAAGCUGCUGAAAUACGUGGAUGCUAGUGAGGUUGCGCGCGGGCCGUAUGACAGCCCGGGACACUGGCUGGUAACGGCGGCAAAGCUAGUGACGGAAGGGGGGAGGAUUGGGCUGCAUGUGAAGUUCGCGCUGUUGGAUUAUCUUCAGCAGCCGGAGUAGUGUUGUGAUGUAAUGUACAUAUAUAUAAAUAUAUAGAUACAUGGUAGAAUCUACAAGCUAAGGUGUGAUUGACAUUAGUGUGGUUUGUGCUUGUGUUUGAUGUUUUGGGGUUUUUUUGGUUA